AUGUGGUCUGCUCCUCGUUCUGCUUUAUCCGCCAUGGCCCUUGAGCCACCGCCCUCUCCCCAACCUUCCUCUGCCACCAGCAAUGAUGGAUUGCAAAGCAAACAAAGAGAGCAGAAUGAAGCAAAGCAGAGAUCAAUAAUAAGGUCUCUAAGGAGGCUAACUGCGCUAUCAACAGGUUCACUUCCAGAUGUGGAACCUCCAAGAAGUGAGGAUGUCUCUGUAUCUAGUAUGAAGAGUUGUCCGAGUCCAGGAUCCGAAAGCUCCUCUUCCAACACCGGUAGCCCUUCUAAUUCCGGGGAGCAGUCGGAUUUAAAAGGCAACAAUAACAAUAAUAAUUGGAAUGGCAUUGUUAGUAUUCUGAAGAAAGGAUCCCAGAUGCCCCUCUAUACCUUAACCUCAAUCAAGGAGGCUCCCUAUUUCAAAAAGAGAACCUCCGCCGAACGAAUCCCAGAGGAAUUUUCUGCAAUUCUUAAACAAGGAUCAUCUCUUAAUCCUGAGGCUUAUCGCUUUAAAGCGUCCUGGAAAUUAUUCACUCUCGCAGAUCUCCAGGCCGCGACCAAUAAUUUCAGCCAGGAGAAUUUGAUCGGGCAGGGAGGUUAUGGUGAGGUUUACAAAGGCCAAUUGGCAGAUGGAACCUUUGUAGCAAUUAAAAGGCUAACAAGAGGGGACCAAGAAGAAAUGACUGCAGAUUUUUUGUCUGAGCUUGGGAUUAUAGUGCAUGUGGACCACCCCAAUAUUGCUAAAUUGAUUGGAUAUGGAGUUGAAGGUGGAAUGCAUCUUGUUCUUCAGUUGUCUCCACAUGGCAGCCUAGCUUCCAUACUAUAUGGACCUAGAGAGAAACUGAAUUGGAACAUGAGGUAUAAGAUUGCAUUGGGGACUGCUGAAGGCCUUCACUAUCUGCAUGCACAAUGUCAAAGAAGGAUUAUUCACAGAGAUAUCAAGGCUGCUAAUAUAUUGCUUUCAGAGGAUUUUGAGCCACAGAUAGCUGAUUUUGGACUAUCUAAAUGGUUACCUGACAAAUGGACUCACCAUACUGUCUCCAAAGUAGAAGGCACAUUCGGUUACCUUCCUCCUGAAUACUUCAUGCAUGGUAUUGUUGAUGAAAAAACUGAUGUAUUUGCUUAUGGAGUGCUAUUAUUGGAGCUCAUUACCGGCCGUCCGGCUUUGGACAAAGCUCAGAAAAGUCUUGUGAUGUGGGCAAAACCACUGAUAUCCAAAAGCAAAAUGGACGAGCUUAUUGAUCCAUGUCUUGCUGGUGCCUAUGAUGAAGAGCAGAUGAAAUAUAUAAUCUUAACAGCUUCUUUGUGUAUAGCGGAGUCGACCGUUCGACCGCGAAUGCAUCAGGUAUUGCAGAUAGCAAAAGGUGAAGAAGGCAGCAUGGAGUUAGUUAGGGAACUCCUGGAACCUUUAUGUGAUGAUGAGUUCCUUGAAGAAGAGUUUCCAUCACCUGAGAGUUCCAAUGACAUAUCUAAACAUUUGCAGACUAUUGGACAAGAUUAAGACUCUGCUGAUAACAGCAAGCAUUAAAAACUAGAUUAUGGCCCCUCAUUUCAUUUCAGAUAUUGCAACUGUGCAAAAGUUUAGGUGUAGUGAUUUUAUUUGCA